AUGACGACUACCAUCGCUGGCAAGACGGUCAGCCAGAAUGGCCUCGGACUCAUGCGCUUCACCGAGCACGAGGCCGCGAUGCCGGACGAGGAGACGUUUGCCGUGCUCAAGGCGGCCGUCGCGGCGGGCGUCACGCUGUGGAGCGCCGCCGACUUCUACGGCACGCCCGAGAGCAACUCGCUGCACUUGCUGGCGCGCUACUUCGCCAAGUACCCCGAGGACGGCGACAAGGUGGUCGUGUGCAUCAAGAGCGGCGUGGUCGACAUGAAGAAGCUGCUGAUCGACGGGUCGGCCGCCGGCGUGCGCCGGUGGGUGGCCAGCGCCAACGCGAUCCUCGGCGGCGUCAAGAAGAUCGACGUGUUCGGCAUCGCGCGCGUCGACAAGAAGGUGCCCAUCGAGGAGACGGUCGGCGCGCUCGCCGAGCUCGUGGCCCAGGGCGCCAUCGGCGGCAUCCAGCUCAGCGAGGCCGGCCCGGCCACCAUCCGCCGCGCUGCCGCCACCGCCAAGAUCGACCUCGUCGAGGAGGAGGUCAGCUUGUGGUCGACCGACGUGUUCAGCAAGGGCAUCGCGGCGGCCUGCGCCGAGCUCGCCAUCCCCAUCGUCGCGCACUCGCCGCUCGGCGCCGGCAUGCUGACGGGCCGCAUCAAGAGCCUCGACGACCUGCCCAAGGGCCACUACCCGCGCGUGUUCCCCAAGUUCCGGCCGGGCAACUUCGAGAAGAACCUAGAGCUGGUGCGCGAGCUGGAGAAGUUCGCGCGGGCCAAGGGCGCCUCGCUGCCGCAGCUCACGCUGUCGUGGGUCAGGGCCCAGAGCUCCAGGCCCGGCGUGCCGUUCAUCAUCCCCAUUGCCGGCGCGCGGUCCGCCAACAGGAUCAAGGAGAACCUGGCCGCCGUGGACUUGUCGGGCCCGGAUCUGAAGGCCAUUGACGACAUCUUGGCCUGCUUCCCGGUUUACGGCACCAGGUACCCCGAGGCAGGCAUGGCGCUCGUCGAUUUUUGA